UCCAGUCUCCCAAACCCUAAGACCCGCCCCUCUCUUCCUCACUCUCUCACUCUGCCUCUCUGCAUCUCUGCCUUCUCACGCUGCCACGGCCCACGCCGUUGCACUGUGCACAUCUCGCCGUCGCCCCUCAGCCUGAGUCCCCUCCCUCUUGCCGUCGCCCCCUCAGAAACACAGACCCGCUCUCUCGCCGUUGCACCUCCCCUCACGACCACACCUCUCGAGCCGUUCCCGUCGCGCACACAGCCCCUUGGCCCCUCUCUCAACGCUGCGCUGCCCUCUCUGUCUCUCACCGUCUCACGCAGCCCUCCCAUCCCUCACGCAGCCGGCAGCCCCUCUCUCACGUCUCUCUGUCUUCGACGUUUAUUUGAAGCUAUCCCAAUGGAGUACAACCAUGUGCCCUCCUCUCCGAUUUGUACCCUAAAAGUGGAUAUCAAGUGUUGUGAUGAGUGCCUGAUUAAGUUGAAGAAAAAGUUGCUGAAAACUAAUGGAGUGACUUCCGUGGACAUUGAUUCAAAGAAAGGGAAGGUCACAGUUAUGGGUGACAUAGACCCUAGGAUACUCAUGCAAAUGUUUGAAAAGAUGGGCAAACCAGCAGAGCUUUGGUCCUUUCAGAAGUUCCCCUUACAAGACGAGACUAGUGGUUGUUGUAACAAGAAGAAAAAAGAAGUUCGGAGGUUUGCAUGUGAUGAUGAUGAUAUGGAUGAUGUUUCUUAUGUUCCUGAGGAUGAAUACUUGUUCAAAAGGAGCAGUACUGCCACUCGCAGGCCGAUGCGCGGCAACAACCAUGGUCAGGAUUCAUUUAGCCAGAUAUCCAAUGCCCCUUUCUUUCGAAGUUCAGGGUUGACACCGCUGCCCCCAUCUCAAUUGUCAACAAUUUUUCCUAAUCCAAUAAUAUAUUCGGGUCCAUCAGGUUAUUAUCGACCACCACUACUAUCACUAUCACGACCAGCAUACGGAUAUGGAUAUGACUAUUUUCCAUCAAGGACAUUAACAAAAUAUAACCCUAUGAUCCACUAUACCAGUUAUUGGGACAAUUACCGCCUCUCACCCUGACAUAUAUAUAUAUAUAUAUAUAUAUAUAUAUAUUAGAGUCAUGUGAGUUGCAUUUAUCAUGCAUUGCUAUUAGGGUUUAUCAUUUAUCUAAAAAGUAGGCUAGAUGAGUUAAUUUGAUGAUAACUCAUUACUCAUGUCUCUUAAGUAAGAACACCAAUGAGAAGGUUUUUUUAAUCAUUUGUUCUUCGGACGUGAUGGUUUAAAUUUUACUAUAUAACAACUUAUUUUGCUUCUGUUGUGAAUAAAGAUAGAGAUUAUUCGAUCCUUAUUAACAUUUAUUUAGAAGUGAUGCAUGAUUCAGUGAAUAAAUCGAUCAUAUAUCAAAUGUGUGUAUUGACAUUUUCACUGUCCUCAUAUGAAUGUAACAUUAUAUCCAAACUGCUUAAUUCUCUCCCAAAAAGCCUAUGAUGGAAUUUAGCACAUUUUCUUCAACUAGUCUGAGACAUUAAAACAAAAGGGGUAGCAGAGAUAAUGUAUGCCGUUUACACUCACAAGACAAUCGUAAAAACAAUUCUGUCCCAAGUAAUACCAUAAAAA